ACUCCCAGCUGCACCGUCGGGACGGGCUCCCCAGAUUAUCCGCCCCUUGGAGUCAGGAGCAACUUCAUUGCCUGGGGGCAGCCCGGCCCCCAGCCCAUCCCUGAUGGCCGUCUACAAAGUCCAGGUGUCCACAGGCCAGGGCGCCCUGGCUGGCACUUUUGACACCAUCUCCAUCACCCUGGCGGGCAUCGACGGGGAAAGCACCAAGCAUGUGCUGGACCAAUACGGGUUGGACUUUCAGUCAGGAUCAGUACGGGAGUACGAGGUGCCCAGUGAGCGAGCCCUGGGGCCGAUCGUACUGAUCCGGCUCCACAAGGAACCCUAUUCCGUUUUCCCCGAGAGCAUGUGGCACUGCAACACGGUCCGGGUGACGUCUCCCUCACGGAGGGAGGAGCAAGGGGUAGGCUGGCAGCAGAUGGUGCAGUAGGAGGGCUAGCCCUCAUGAUCUCCUGGGUGCUCGCCAGCGGACAGUGCUGCACUAGUGCUAGCCGCCGUCGUCUCCUGGGUGCUUGCGGUGCUGCUGGCUGGGAGAGCCGCCUGAGGCAGAAUGGCCUCCGCAAGGAUUGAAGCCUUUAGCAGGCCAACGCUCAAA